CUCGGCCAAUGAUUCUCGCACCCUCGGUGCUAGGCUGGUUGGGGGCGGCCCCGCGCGGGGCAUGCCGGGAUCUCUCCCCCUCCCCGCACUCGCCCCUCUCUGUCACGUGAGCGCCGCGCGUGUCACGUGAUUCGCAGCGGCCGGUCCCCCAGUCCCCGGGAGCGAGCCGGGUCCGCGGCCGCCGCCAUGUCGAGCUUCCCCGAGCUCUACUUCAACGUGGACAGCGGCUACCUGGAGGGGCUGGUGCGGGGCUUCAAGGCCGGCGUGCUGAGCCAGGGCGACUACGUGAACCUGGUGCAGUGCGAGAGCCUGGAGGAUUUGAAGCUGCACCUCCAGAGCACGGAUUAUGGGAACUUCCUGGCCAACGAAGCCUCCCCCCUCACUGUGUCUGUCAUAGAUGACAAGCUGAAGGAGAAGAUGGUGGUGGAGUUUCGUCACAUGAGGAACCACGCGUAUGAGCCAUUGGCGAGUUUCCUGGACUUCAUCACUUACAGCUACAUGAUUGAUAACGUCAUCCUGCUGAUCACCGGAACGCUGCACCAGCGCUCCAUUGCGGAGCUGGUGCCCAAGUGCCAUCCUCUAGGAAGCUUUGAGCAAAUGGAAGCUGUGAACAUUGCUCAGACCCCUGCGGAGCUCUACAACGCAAUCUUGGUGGACACGCCCCUGGCUGCCUUCUUCCAGGAUUGCAUAUCCGAGCAGGACCUCGACGAAAUGAACAUCGAAAUCAUCCGAAACACACUGUAUAAGGCAUACCUGGAAUCCUUCUACAAGUUCUGCAAGAUCCUGGGAGGCACAACUGCGGACGCCAUGUGUCCAAUCCUGGAGUUUGAAGCUGACAGGAGAGCCUUCAUCAUCACCAUUAACUCGUUUGGCACGGAGCUCUCCAAAGAGGACCGAGCUAAGCUGUUCCCUCACUGCGGAAAGCUCUAUCCUGAGGGGCUGGCCCAGCUAGCCAGAGCAGAUGACUACGAGCAAGUCAAAACAGUAGCGGACUACUACCCUGAAUACAAACUGCUGUUUGAAGGAGCCGGCAGCAACCCUGGAGACAAAACCCUGGAGGACCGUUUCUUCGAGCAUGAGGUGAAGCUGAACAAGCUGGCUUUCCUCAACCAGUUCCACUUCGGGGUUUUCUACGCCUUUGUCAAGCUAAAGGAGCAGGAGUGUCGCAACAUCGUGUGGAUUGCCGAGUGCAUUGCGCAGCGGCACCGCACCAAGAUUGACAACUACAUCCCCAUCUUCUAACCGCCCUCGGCCCUCCUGCUGCCGCGUGGAGCCCAGUGGAACUGCCCCCCCCCGCCCUCCCCAGUACCUUCUGAAUGGUCACUAGUCCUAGCUCCGGGGAUGGCUCCUCUCUGGCACUGGCUCUGAUGGAAACUGGACAGUCUGUUGUUCCGGAGCUGCCAUUGUUUGCGUGAGUUGUGUGUGCUGUGCGGGUCCAGUGGGCCCUGGGAGGCGAUGUAGCAGGAGGGCUCCAGUCCCUGUAUUAUCAUUGUACCUGUGUCACUGUACUGAUCAGCUGUGUGUGCGUACACUGAGCGAGCCAGUGCUGAUCUCUGAGGGAACUGGCAUCUCUCAGCAAUUAACUCCUUGCUCUAGAGUGACUCAUUAGAUGUGUGUUGCCGGAGUUUAAAUGUCCCCUUUACCAAGGCUAAGACUCGAGCAGUCUAGCUCCAGUAAAGUAUUGUCCCCCAGAG